AUGUCUGCCACUACUACCAUGACCAAAGAAGCCCAUGCCAAUCCGAACCUCCACGGUUUCGGCCGGAUGCGUGUCGAUGGAACUGAUCGAGAGUUUGGUGAUUUCCGCGAUGAGCUCACCAAGAACGGGUUUGUUGUCGUGAAGGGGGCUAUUCCCCGUGAGAAGGCCCUUCGAUAUGCCGACAAGAUGAACUCGUGGCUCGAAAACUUCAACCUGGGCUACAAUCGCAAUGACCUCUCCACUGUACACAAAGACAAUCUCCCUGUGAUCAAUGAGAAGGGCAUGUGUCUUAACUAUGGUCUUUCCCAUGAAGACUUUGUGUGGGAAAUCCGCAGUGAGCCAGGAGUCAUAAGCGCAUUCGAGAAGAUCUACGAUGAUGAAGAUCUGAUCGUGUCAUUUGACGCCAUCAACUUCCAGUUCCCAAAUCGCACCGACAUCGCGCCCAACAAGCCCUGGCCUCACCAGGACCAGGAUCCCGCCAAGCCCGGAUUCCGCUGCAUGCAAGGCCUAGUCAACAUGUUGCCCAACGGCCCAGAUGAUGGCGGCCUGAUAGUUUGCCGAGGAGGCCACCUCUUGUCUGAGGAGUUUCACAAGGAAAUGGCCGACGAGGAACGGAUUCCCGCAUGGACACCGGAGUGGUAUGGAUAUACCGAGCGAGGCAUGAAAUGGUUAGAAGACCACGGUUGCAAGUGGGAGAAGGUAUGCGCCGAACCCGGUGACCUGCUACUGUGGGACUCGCGCACGCCUCACUACAACCUAAGUCCUACUAAGGAGCAGCCUCGCUUCGCUGUCUACACCUGCUUCAUGCCCGUUGCAGAUGCGACGCAGGAUGAUCUGCAUCGGAAGAAGGAUGCUUUUGAGCGUCUGGUUGGCACCACGCACUGGCCAAACGCCAAGCACACUGGAUCAAACGUUGCUCAGCGCAAUGGAAAGGAUGACCCUCAUAACCGACGUGUACCCCUGAACGAUCCUAGAUUGAGCGAGCGGGCAUUCAGGCUGACGGGAAUUCCUUAUAUCAAGGAGAUGGCUCCGAUUAAGCAAUCGCUUUUUGCUGAUUGA